UCAUGCUGCUGCCAGGUCCAGAGUCUCUCAUGGGUCCCUGUACGGCCUCCCAUUGCUGCUGUCUCCAUCGCCACACUCUGCCAUGUGCCACUUUCAGGUCUCCUCACACUGCUGGUGUGUUGAAUUUUUUGACAUAGGGUGCUGGCAGAUUACGGGCCUCCCAUAGCUGCUGCCAGGCCCCUAAUCUGCCAUGGGCCCCUAUAUACCGCCUCCUCAUGCUGCUGCCAGGUCCAGAGUCUCUCAUGGGUCCCUGUACGGCCUCCCAUUGCUGCUGUCUCCAUCGCCACACUCUGCCUCUGCCAUGUGCCACUUUCAGGUCUCUCUCACACACUGCUGGUGUGUUGAAUUUUUUGAC